CAUUCAGAUUGCUGUUCACGGUUAGUUUAUCUUUGUGCUUUCGUUGGAAAAUAUCGGCAUGCCUUCAUUUUUAGUGCCUCUUAGAAGUGUCAUCCACGUGUUGUUAAUUCUUCUGUAUAUUAAGAAAAUAUACAGCUUCCCAAUUAAUAACGGAUUCAGUGUGAAGUUCAAUCCAAUUUUGCCGAAAGAACAAGUAAGAACUCAGUUCACGGGUGCUAUUUUCGCAAAGAUUCCUCAAGAAUUGAAAUUUGGAGCUACACAUGAACUGCUUUCUAAGGCAGUCUUCCCACAAGGUGCCCACUUAGGAUUAGGAACCUCUAACCAGAUUGCAAAAAUUAUAUUUCAAUCGCCGUCACCAGCGAAUGACUCUAAAGUGAAAGAGGAUAAAAAUUUUAUUAAUAUACCAAUCGUUGCGCAGCCUUUCGAAAACUAUAAAAUCGUGGUUGCUACUGCUCCUAAAAACAUUAGGAUUGGUAAAGGAGAAGACGCAAAACCUGUGGUCAUUUACAUCGUUUUCCCCGAGGAUGAUGGUGAUCCUAAGUCUUUUAAUAUUCCUUCUAUAUAUUUCAUUACUAAAGCAGACGGACCCUUUCCUUUUCAUAAGAAGAAAGAAGAUACAAUAUUACUAGUUGAUAGCAACCGAACUGUAACUGGACUAAAGAGCAAAGCGAUGGCGAAAUUUGUCAAGUUCAAAAACAAAAUAACCAAUCAGUUCGAUAUCAAUUAAGCAACCACUCUGUUCCUACUUCUGUAAGCAACUUUUGUGAUAGUAAUAUUUAACUUUUUAAUUUUUAAUAUUGUUAACAUCAAUAAUAGCAAUGUUUCAGAAACUAAAAGGACAGUUAGGUUGGAAUAAUCUAAUAGACUGAAAAGCGAUCAAGAAAAUAUUUGAAAUUGAUAAGUCGCUACCAUUUCAGUACCGAAACGCGUAAAUUGCAUAGUGUAAUAAAUAAGUAUAUCCACAAAUUAAUAACUUUAAAUUAAAUUAUUCUUAUUUCAUUCUUACUAUUUGUAAUACGAGUAAAAGUCAGGCAAGAUUAAUUAUAUAAUAUGGCUAAAUUA